AUGUUUGAGACACCUCUGGUCCAGGACUCCAUCCUGAAGAAGGUGCUGGCAGUACUCAAGGACCUCAUCAAUGAAGUCUUCUGGGACAUCAGUUUGCAUGGCAUGAACCUGAUGAGAAUAGACUCAUUGCAUAUCUCCUUGGUGGAGCUCACCCUGCACUCUGAAGGCUUCGACACUCUCUGCUUUGUUCACAACCUAGUAAUGGGCAUGAACCUCAUCCCUGUCCUAAAUAUUAAAUAUACUAGUAAUGUAAACAUCAUUAUAUUAAGGGCUGAAAAUAGUGCUGAUACCUUAGCACUAGUAUUUGAAGCACCAAAUCAAGAGAAAGUUUCUAUGACAUUGUUAACGGACUUAUACUUAGAUGUUAAGCAACUUGGAAUCCUAGAACAGGAGUAUAGCUGUGCAGUAAAGAUGCCUUCUCGUGAAUUUGCAAUUAUAUGCUUAGACUUUAGCCAUAUUGGAGAUUUUGUUGUUGUAUCCUGUGCAAAGGCCAGGGUAAAGUUUUCUGCAAGUGGAGAACUUGGAAAUGAAAACACUAAAUUGUCACAAACAAGUGAUGUUGAUAAAGAGGAGGAAGCUGUAACCAUAACGAUAAACAAGCCAGUUCAGCUAACUUUUCACUGGGGUACCAGAUUUUUUUUCACAAAAGCCACUCUAUUGCCUCCUAUAGUAACACUCACUAUGUCUACAGAUGGACCCCUUGUUGUAGAGUAUACAAUUGCUGACAUGUGA